AUGUGCCUCGUAGAGGUGGGGAUUUUGAACCCACGAACAAACAUGGCAGCUGCUGACAGGAUGCGGACGUGGAGGUGUCCGACUAGAGAUUUCUCUACAUGGGUGGUCAUUCUAGUGGUUUUACUUAACUCUGUAAAUGAAGCUUCUGCAGCACCCGAGACCGGGCUGUGGAAAUUCACAGUCGUUAACGCCUCAAGAACACUGCUGUUAAGGAAAGUCAUGUUCAGUGGUACUGAUAUUGAACUGAAAGUCAUGUCUUUUGCUUGCCCAGAGAAAGUGGACUUCACUGUCCACUGGUUUUUAAAGUAUCACCCCUGCUACAAUGAGUACAAUAAUAUAGAAGAAAUGUAUGAAAAGACAUCUCAGAGUCGCGGAGACAGCCUGGAUCCUAAACCCACUGCACCAGGAGAGUACAUCGAACACAAGCAUGGUCCAAUCACGUGCAACGGUGAACUACGCUCUUUUCCCAUGCUUAAAAAAGCCAAAGCAGAGCCACGUCCAGCCACUUUACAUACUGGAAAUGAAGAUCAGGAUGAUUUGUUCAUUACUGAAGAGUACGACUCUGUGAAAAACAGCAGCGUGAAAAUAAGAGACAAUGUCGUAGCCACCACAUGGAGGGACGGUCCGUAUCUGCUGGUCGUUAAGCUCGAGUCAUCCACAAAGAAAGCCAAUUGGAAUUUAACAGUUAACGUAGUGAUGAAAAGCAGCCACGGUUAUAUCUCCAUCACAGAAUGGCCUCUCAUGAUUUUCUACAUGAUCAUGUGCAUAGUGUACAUCCUGUACGCCCUGCUGUGGUUCCUCUGGGCUGCCUGCUACUGGAAAGAUCUCCUGAGGAUCCAGUUCUGGAUAGCGGGGGUCAUUUUCCUGGGGAUGGUGGAGAAGGCGGUCUUCUGCGCGGAAUAUGAAAACACUAAUCUCGUCGGCUCUGCUUCUCCAGGUUUGUUGAUCUUUGCUGAGCUGGUCUCUGCUCUUAAGAGGACUUUGGCCCGAUUGCUCGUCAUCAUCGUCAGCCUGGGUUAUGGCAUCAUCAAACCACGACUUGGAACUGUGAUGCACCGAGUUGUGGGGCUCGGGAUUCUCUACUUUGCCUUUGCCAGCAUCGAAGGAGUGCUGAGGAUCACAGGGACAAAAGACUCUGACUUGGCCCUGCUGGCCAACAUUCCCCUGGCUCUGCUUGAUUCUUCUUUAUGCUGGUGGAUCUUCGUCAGCUUGGCCCAAACCAUCAAGACUCUGAAGCUGAGGAGAAACCCUGUCAAGUUGUCUCUCUACAGACACUUUACAAACACAUUAAUAUUUGCAGUCAUUGCUUCCAUCAUUUUUAUGGCUUGGUCUGCCAAAAAGUUGCAUUUAGCGGACUGCCAGUCGGAUUGGAUUGAGAUUUGGGUGGAGGAUGCUUUCUGGAGGUUCUUAUUCUCCAUUGUUCUUCUCGUCAUAAUGUUUUUAUGGCGGCCAUCUGCAAACAAUCAAAGGUACGCGUUCACACCUCUCAUUGAUGAUUCUGACGAUGAGGAAAUUGAGGAGUUUAUCGCCUCAUCUAACAUUGCCGAUGGGAUCAAGUUAAGAGCAGCUAAAAAUGAGACAAAUGGUUCAGCGAAGUCUGCAGAAACAAACCCUGAUGAAGACUUGAAAUGGGUGGAGGACAACAUUCCUAGCUCUCUUACUGAUGUAGCUCUUCCAGUCCUGCUUGACUCAGAUGAGGUAUGAGCAAUAAAAAAGUCGCAGCAAUCACACUCCCACUGGUCACUUUAUUAGGAAAUCAUGACGACAAAGUACGAGAUGUCAAAGCUGGAGUGAGACAGACGUCCGGUCGACCCGGAUGCAGAACACAGCAGCUUUCCCUUCAUCACACUGAAACAGGGGUUUCUCUCAAGAUUUCCCUGCCAAAGGUUGUGGAGUACAGUUGUGUUUUUUUUUUUUUUUUGUUUUGUUUUUUUGUUUUUUUUCAGGGGAUCGUCAUGAAUGGCUGCUGCUCCACAGGGACCUUUUGCUAAUUCCUCCUCAGUUUUUUGUUCAAUCUAUCGGAAAACUGAGCAACAGGCUCACAGUUGCAGAUGUUCAAUAAGAGGUGAUCGCACCAAAGAGACUGAUUCUUCUCAUGUGAAGUUGCAUUAUUUAUUUCUGUUAUGUUUAUAUGGCUUUAAUUAUUGGAAAACUUACUUGAGGCCACAUGCAAAUACAUGAUCAGUAAAUAGAUGUCCCCCAUGGGCUGUAAUAUCUAAUAUAAUAAGCACAUAUAAGAAAAAUAACAAAUAGCCUAUUUUUGCAGUUAGAGUUAUACAUCAGUUAAUGAUCACAUAACCUCAGUCAGAAUCUUUACUUCUAACUUAGAGGUUUGCAAAAUUGAUGACAAUAUUCCUUCUCAAUAGAUCCUCUGCUCUUAUGCACUUUGAAGAUCAACGCUGUGCCUACGUGUCACUGUUAUGUGGAUUUCUUUACUUACUGAAACAAGCAUGAAGGAACAUAUAGUUUAUGUCUAAAAGCAUCCUGAUGAAGUUUGUGGGGAACCAAAAUGUAAAGAGUUUGUACAAACUGAGUUUAAUUGGAACAGGGUUAUUGCAGUCGUGUGUGUGUGUGUGUGUGUGUGUGUGUGUGUGUGUGUGUGUGUGUGUGUGUGUGUGUGUGUGUGUGUGUGUGUGUGUGUGUGUGUGUGUGUGUGUGUGUGUGUGUGUGUGUGUGUGUGUGUGUGUGUGUGUGUGUGUGUGUGUGUGUGUGUGCGUGCGUGCGUGCGCGCGUUGGAGAGACAGGCUGUAAGUAUGUUAAUACAUCAUUUUGUAAUUUCAUUAUUUAUUUGCGUUUCAAGUGUACUUAUAAGUUAAUGAUUGUUUACUGUAAUUCUGUUUAGGUCCAUCUUCCUAAGGGUUUGAAUUCUGCCCAGCAACAAGCAAACUGCUUAUUUUCUUCUUUGUUUAAGCGCUUGGUGUAUUUAUGUUGGAUUUACUGACUCCUUGGUAACAUCCAUUUUCUUUCAGCACGUAUAUAUAUAUUUAUUUUUGUCUUGCCUCAUUUUUCUUGGUUUGGACCCAGAUUUUCAUCAUUAAACAUGUCUUGGGUAAAUGUAACAGCAGACCUUGUUAAAGUUGUUUGUCUUGGUGAUGUCAUAACAGGUUUUAUGAGUUAUGUGGUUUGCACAAGUUGAUCACCUGAGUGUGUUUAUAAUGUUCCAGUUUUUUUUUUGUAUUGGUUGGAAACCUGGAGACAUUUCUACUUACGAUGGAUAUAAAACUGUAGACCUGAUCACGAUUGGAUUCUUUAUACAGAUCAUUUUGACUGAUUCCUGUUAUUUUAUAAAUCCCUCAAGUGGGAGGUGUUAUGAAUGAUUAUCUUUCUUCUCCAUGAGUCUCUUGAAGAACUGGGUUGAAACUUUAAUACUAUGAGACUCCUCCAUUCUUUGUUUUUCACAAAAUGUGUACAGUUCAUUCAAUAAAUAUGUGAAUUUAA